GCUCCAUAACAUUAUUGACCCUGCAAUGAUACCGUAGUUUGAACAUGGGCAGUACUAGUAGGGCUUUAUUUAUUGUCUGACAAAUUUUGCGCUGCCUUUUUAAGAUAAAUUCACAGAAGACAUCACUGUUCCAGCACGGAGGUUUAAAAGGUGACAUUGUGCUGAUUUGAACACAUAACCUGCACCAUGGGGAAGAGAUACUACUGUGACUACUGUGACCGGUCGUUUCAGGACAACAUGCAUAAUAGGAAAAAACAUCUGAAUGGUGUUCAGCAUCACAGAGCUAAAAAGGCCUGGUUUGAACACUUUAGAGAUGCUGCAGCCAUUCUGUAUGAUGAGCAAACAAAGAAACCCUGCAGGAAGUUUCUUCAGAAAGGAAUUUGUGAUUUUGGUCAUAACUGCAGGUUUUCUCACAUGUCCGAAGAGGAGAUGUUUAACUUAAGAAGACAGGUUGAAGAAAGGCGGCGUAGAGAGGACACUGAGGGCAGAAAUAUGCCUGAACGAAGUAUAGAAGAAUGGCUCUCUAGAAGGGAAAAGAAGCUAAUAGCCCUCAGUAGCAAAGGAAAUAAAAAAAAUAAGGAAGACAGUGAAGACAGCCAAGUAGAGAUUGACGUACCUCAACAGCUUCUCUCCAUUCCUGACCUUCCGCCCUCACUUCUACCUCCUCCUCCAGGUGGAUGGAAAGUCAACACUGAAUGGGGUUGAGCGAUAUUCACUUUGUGGUUGUUAAAUGGAUAUAAGUUGUUAUCAAGCAAUGGUCUUCCAUGCGCAUUUGAAAGUUGGAAAUACGAGUUUCAGUUGAUACCCAGAACCUAUUUUUUGCUAUUUCUUU